AUGGGAACUUGGGUGGAAACAGAAGAGGGGAUAGAACAGGUCGCGGUCGAAUAUUUCAAAAACCUGUUUGACACAUCGAACCCUAUGGAUCAGGGAGAAAGCAUCCGGUGUAUUAUCGAGAUAGUAACUACUGAGAUGAAUGAGGCACUUCUAGCACCUACUACUGAGGUAGAAAUUAAAGAUGCAGUCUUCUCGAUAAAUCCGGAAAAAGCACCAGGACCUGAUGGGGUGACGAGCCUGUUUUACCAGCGGUUUUGGAACCUAGUUGGGCACGAUGUUACGAAGAUGGUCAAGGACUUCUUUGAAACCAGAGAGAUGGACGAGAGAAUAAACCAGACAAACAUCCGUCUGAUCCCGAAGACUGAUAGACCGACCACUAUGGCUGAGUUUCGUCCGAUUAGCUUAUGUAAUGUAAGCUACAAGAUCAUCUCGAAGAUCCUGUCAAGCCGUCUUAAGAAGAUACUUCCACAGUUGAUUUCUGAGACGCAAUCGGCCUUUGUGGCUCGAAGGUUGAUAACUGAUAACAUCCUACUGGCGCAGGAGAUGUUCCAUGCUCUUAGGACGAUGUUCCAUGCUCUUAGGACGAAUCAAAGCUGUAACUCUAAAUUUAUGGCGAUAAAGACAGACAUGAGCAAAGCAUAUGACAGAGUAGAGUGGAGCUUUCUCAAAGCUUUGAUGGAUAAGAUGGGCUUCGACUCGAGGUGGACUAACUUAAUCAUGAGCUGUGUCACUUCGGUCUCCUAUAGAGUGUUGAUAAAUGGAGAUGUGAAAGGUUGUAUUAUUCCUUCCCGGGGACUCCGGCAGGGCGACCCUCUGUCGCCAUUUUUAUUUAUUCUUUGCACUGAGGUCUUGAUAUCACAAACCCAAGAAGCAGAAAGUGCAAAGAAGAUCUCUGGACUAAAGAUUGCUAGGGCAUGUCCGGAAGUUUCUCAUCUAUUGUUUGCAGAUGACAGCCUCUUCUUUUGUAAAGCGGAGCAAAGUCAAUGUCAAGAGUUGAUGAGAAUUAUCGAUGUCUAUGGGAAAGCCUCAGGACAGCAACUGAAUAAAGCGAAAUCUUCAGUUAUGUCCCUUGGUAUCAAUAGAGAAGGUGGUAUGGGUAUGUAUCUCGGUAUGCCUGAGAAGAUUUGUGGAUCGAAGAGGCAAGUCUUCGCUUAUGUUCAGGACAGACUCAACUCGAAAGUGAACUCGUGGGAAGCAAAACUCCUUUCUAAAGGGGGAAAAGAAGUGCAAAUAAAAUCAGUGGCCCAAGCGGAGGAGGGAUGCCUAGGAUUUCGAGAUUCUAGAGAUUUUAAUCUUGCUUUGCUUGCUAAACAAGUUUGGAGGUUGCUGGUCUUCCAGGACUCGCUGCUCGCAAGAGUGUUGAAAGGACGCUAUUACAGGAACUCAAACCCUCCAUCCCUCGGCUGGACCAGUCUGUGGACUGCCCGCUCUGUUCUUAGUGAAGGCCUUUUGCGUACUAUCGGAACAGGUGCGGAUACAAAAGUUUGGGACGACUGCUGGAUCCCGGUGGAGCCAGCUAGACCAGCGAUCCCAAAAGGGGAAGAGGUCGAUAGGGAUUUGUGUGUUCACCAUCUAAUAGUUCAUGAGAGUAAAUGCUGGAACGAACCCCUACUUCGAGAUUUACUUGCAGAGGAGGAGGUUCAGCGAAUCCUUGCUAUUCAACCAAGUAGAAUGGGAAGAAGAGAUGGAUACACCUGGAAACAUACAAGAUCAGGCUCUUAUACAGUGCGGUCAGGAUAUGAAGUGGCCAAUAACAAAAGGAACUCGCAGCAGAAACAGUUUGUAGAGGAGCCCAGCGUUAAGAAACUUAAGAAGGAGGUCUGGAAGAUCAAAACUUCAAGGAAAAUUAAACACUUUGUAUGGCAAGUUCUAUCGGGGUUCGUUACUACUGCAAGUAGACUUUGCGACCGUCAUUGCGCGACUGAUCGAACUUGUCAACGAUGUGGUGCAGAGGAAGAGACCAUUAAUCAUCUACUAUUCGAGUGUCCGCCUGCCCUGCAGUGCUGGGCACUAUCAGACAUUCCAACUUCUCCGGGCGUAUUCUCGUGUAAAGCUCUUUUCACAAAUAUCGAUCACCUGCUAUGGCGGGCAGCGGAACAAGGAACGCCUAAGGAGAACCUUGAGAAAUUCCCUUGGAUACUUUGGUACAUAUGGAAGGCAAGGAACAACAAACUGUUCAAUGAGUCUAUGAACUGGAAAGUGGCUCAGAUAGUUCCAUCGGUGGAGGAGGAGGCCAUAACUGAAGAGAUGAACGUAUCGGAGCUUGAUAUGAUACAGCGGCCGAGAAGUCGUUUCCGAUGCCAAGUAGAUGCAUCAUGGACACACGAGGACAGAAGGACGGGCUUGGGAUUUGUACUACUAGAUGAUGAUCAGAAAUGCCUUUUGGGACUUCAGAACGACUGCAUCACACCGUCCCCGCUACACGCUGAGGCUAAGGGACUAUUAUGGGCGAUGAAACGGUGUAUGAGCGGGGAAGCAGAUCUAUCCAAGUUAGAGGAAUGGCCAGCCAUGGUGAAUGAAGUAGAAGACAUUUUGAUACAAGCGAGUAUGUUUGAUAAUUUUUCUAUCUCUUAUAUACCGCGUGGUAUGAACCAUAGAGCCGACUGUCUUGCAAAAGCAGCUCGGUCUCGUGUUGAUCCAUUUGUUUCUGUUUCCGUUGAGACUCCGGCUUGGCUAGCUCAUGUCGCUGGCCUUAUGGAGUGA